AUGGCCGAUUUAAGAGAUGAACUGGGAGAUAUAGAUGAAGAAAAUUACAUUUAUUUAGAUAAAGACGGAAAACCAAUGAAACUAAUAGAGUUAACUAUCCAUUGAAACCCAGUCCCAAAAAAAUUAAUAUUAAUCACAUGUCAAAAAAAGUAAUCCUUACAAAGUGCUUCAUUAUCUUACCUGCGUUUUCGGAUAGGUGAAGCUAUGGAAAGAUAUUCAACCUUUGCGGGUCUCACAAAUCUUCAAGCAGUAAAUCUUGAAAUUGAUGAUUCGCCACUGCCAAGAGUAAGCCGCUAUUCAGAUUGGCUUAGUUGGGGAUUAUUUAAAAGAUGGAGAUCAGCUUACUUGUGACAUUUCGUCACUUGAUAUAUGGCUCAACGUCCAAAUUGACUGUAAAGAAGCCAAUUUGUUGAUAAAAUUCGAUAUAAAAGUCCCGCUGGUGACAACUUUUUCAGGGGUUCAAGUAUCAAUUUUAGAGAUUGCGAACAAAAUUUUAAGUUUGAGGAAUAUUCCAUUGAAAUAUGACCAGUCUGAAAUAAAAAUCCACAAAAGUCGUAAUGUGUGUUCAAGUUUAAUUAUAAAUGAAACAAUGAGUAAAGACCAUGUGCUGGAUAACGAAGAGAUAUUUGGAAAUCUCAAGGUAAAAGAUUCAGUUGAUUACUUACAUAGGCACAUUAUAUGCUCUCUAAGAAAAAACUUAGAAGUCCAUGUGAACUAUGCCAGCCAAACUAACACGAAAUCAUCUAUAUCAGAAAUAGAUGAAGUUAAAGGAAUUCUACCAAUCAGGCUACUUACGAUCGAGCAAAGAAAAGCUUCUUACAUAAACGAGUCUUCUUCUCCACAUAAUAAAGUCGAAGAAGAGUAUAAACAAAGUAUAGCUUGCAUUAGAUGCUCUAUAUUUUAA